UAUACUUGGUAGAUCGGAAACUCAGGAGUGUCUUUUUUUUAAUGCUAAUUGGGAAAGAGACAAAACCAAUCAAACUGGUGUUGAACCUUGUUAUGGUGACAAAGAUAAAAGGAGACAUUGUUUUGCUACCUGGAAGAAUAUUUCUGGUUCCAUUGAAAUAGUGAAACAAGGCUGUUGGCUAGAUGAUAUCAACUGUUACGACAGGACUGAUUGUAUAGAGAAAAAAGACAGCCCUGAAGUAUAUUUUUGUUGCUGUGAAGGCAAUAUGUGUAAUGAAAAGUUUUCUUAUUUUCCGGAGAUGGAGAUCACACAGCCCACUUCAAAUCCUGUUACUCCUAAGCCACCCUAUUACAACAUCCUACUCUAUUCUCUGGUGCCACUUAUGUUAAUUGCGGGAAUUGUCAUUUGUGCGUUUUGGGUGUAUAGGCAUCACAAGAUGGCCUACCCUCCUGUGCUUGUUCCAACUCAAGAUCCAGGACCACCUCCGCCUUCUCCAUUAUUAGGUUUGAAGCCACUGCAGUUAUUAGAAGUGAAAGCAAGGGGAAGGUUUGGUUGUGUCUGGAAAGCACAGUUACUCAAUGAAUACGUGGCUGUCAAAAUAUUUCCAAUACAGGACAAACAGUCAUGGCAAAAUGAAUAUGAAGUCUACAGUUUGCCUGGAAUGAAGCAUGAGAACAUAUUACAGUUCAUUGGUGCAGAAAAACGAGGUACCAGUGUUGAUGUGGACCUUUGGCUAAUCACAGCAUUUCAUGAGAAGGGUUCACUGUCAGACUUUCUUAAGGCUAAUGUGGUCUCUUGGAAUGAACUAUGUCAUAUUGCAGAAACUAUGGCUAGAGGAUUGGCAUAUUUACACGAGGAUAUUCCAGGCUUGAAAGAUGGUCACAAACCUGCAAUCUCUCACAGGGACAUUAAAAGUAAAAAUGUGCUGUUGAAAAACAAUCUGACAGCUUGCAUUGCUGACUUUGGGUUGGCAUUAAAGUUUGAGGCUGGAAAAUCUGCAGGUGAUACCCACGGACAGGUUGGUACCCGGAGAUAUAUGGCUCCAGAGGUAUUAGAGGGUGCUAUAAACUUCCAAAGGGAUGCAUUUUUGAGGAUAGAUAUGUACGCCAUGGGAUUAGUUCUGUGGGAACUGGCUUCUCGCUGUACUGCUGCAGAUGGACCUGUAGAUGAGUACAUGUUGCCAUUUGAGGAGGAAAUUGGCCAGCAUCCAUCACUUGAAGACAUGCAGGAAGUUGUUGUGCAUAAAAAAAAGAGGCCUGUUUUAAGAGAUUAUUGGCAGAAACAUGCUGGAAUGGCAAUGCUUUGUGAAACAAUAGAAGAAUGUUGGGAUCACGAUGCAGAAGCCAGGUUAUCAGCUGGAUGUGUAGGUGAAAGAAUUACCCAGAUGCAAAGACUAACAAAUAUCAUUACCACAGAGGACAUUGUAACAGUAGUCACAAUGGUGACAAACGUUGACUUUCCUCCCAAAGAAUCUAGUCUAUGAUGGUUGCACCAUCCAUACACACUGAGAAGUGGGACUGUGAACUGCUGUGAGCUGCUAAGCUAACAAAACUGCUUACAGUUUAUUUUCUGUGUGAAACAAGUAGGAUGCCUCCUGGAAACUUAAGCCAAGCAGCCCUUUGUUGAAAAAGGCUCUGGGAGACUCACUGCGUUGCUUGCAGCACAGAUGUGAAGGACAUGAGAUUAAAAGUUGUAAACUCUAUAAAGAAACUUUUGAAAAAAAUGUACAUGAAGAAUGUGCCCUCUCCAAAUCAAGGAUCUUUUGGACAUGGCUAAUCAAGUGUUUGAAAACUGACAUCAGAUUUCUUGUCUGUCAGAAGACGACACUAAUUCCUUAAAUGAACUACUGCUAUUUUUUUUAAAUCAAGAACUUUUCAUUUCAGAUUUUAAAAAAAGGGUAACUUGUUUUUAUUGCAUUUGCUGUUGUUGUUUCUAUAAAUGACUAUUGUAAUGCCAAUAUGACACAGCUUGUGAAUGUUUAGUGUGCUGCUGUUCUGUGUACAUAAACAAAGUCAUCAAAGUGGGGUACAUAAAGAGGCUUCCAAGCAUUACUUUUAACCUCCCUUUCAACAAGGUAUACCUCAGUUCCACGGUUGCUAAAUUAUAAAAUUGAAAACACUAACAAAAUUUGAAUAAAUUGAUCCAUGUUUUAUAACAAGCUAUUACAAAUUCACUGUGUUAUUUAAGAAAAAAAAAAGGUAAGCUAUGCUUCGUGCCAAUAGUAAGUGGCCAUUUGUAAAGCAGUGUUUUAGCUUUUCUUGUGCUGGCUUUAGGAGAAAAAAGUGCUGUAUUUUGAAAUGGAAAAACAAAAAGGUGAAAUUUCCUUUCUUCCCAUAUGUUAAAGCUUCAUCUUAUAUUCAGUUCCAGGUCCCAAAAUAUUGCAUACUUACCUAAGUGGUUUAAAAAUAUUUUUUUUUGAAGGUGUGCUGUGUUUGGGGAAUAUUUGAAAAUUUAAAGCAUGUUUAAAAGUUUUUUUAAAGUGAGCUGUGACACUGGAAAGCUCUUCAUUUUACCUUUUAAGAUAUUUUUUUUCCUAUUUAUAUAUGUGAAAUUGUACUGUUUUUAUUUUCAUUAAACAGUGUGUGGGACAUUAUCACUGUUUUAGGAACACCUCAGGAAGUGUCAUUACCCAGAAUCCCUCAUUCUGCUUUGAGAUUUGUAACUUUAUCAUUAUACUUCUGCUUGGUGCCAUCUUGUCAGAGUAAUAUUUGAUGUCUGUGAUACGUAAAGAAUUAUGAUAAAGAUAUUAACCUUUAAGCACAGAUUUCAGAUGUUACUGCUUUAAAAUAAAUCAGGGAUAACAAGUUGAACUUAUGACUUAAAAUAUGCAAUGACAUUUAGAGGUAAUCGGUGUUGAUGUAGGUAACAUAGCCUAGCAUUCUCCCCAAAAUUGCUUUCACAACUAAUUCUGACAUUAAGUUAGGAUAGUUCAUGCCUUAUCCUUGCUAAGAAAUGGAAUUGAUGGUAGGCAGGUGCCAAAACAGAUUUUUAAAACUAUUAUGAUUGGGUUCUUCCUCAAAUUUACACAGGUCCUAGAAAAAAAACAUUAAUUUCCUCAAUAUCUGGAAUAAUCAACAAGUCAGUAUUAUGCUAUGUACUUUUUGUCAUAUCAAUAUAAAAUUCAUACAUUAAUUUUCAUAAUUUUUUUACAUGUCACUAUUAUGAGCUCACUGUGAAUGUGUUGUCUUCAAAUGGUUAAAAACCAGUACACUACAUUUUACAUAUUACAUGCACUUAAAUCUCUGGGAAGAAAAAUGACUUUAUUUAUAAACAACAUGUAAGUCAGCAGACUCUAAGCAGGGAGGGAAAGGAGAAUAUAUUUAUCUGUGUGCCACACACUCUUCAAAAGCAUUUGUUCUUCGUGUAUGUACCCAAGGUCUCAUUAUAUUAAGAUUUUCCAUUACAGUGUUUACUACUUUUAGUUCAGAAAGUACUUGGCCUCUCAAUUUCUUGAUAAGGGUUUGCUUCCAUUUAGAAACUAAUCGAGGGAAAAAAUAUAAUGUGCAUAUAAAGAAAUUAGUAACCGUAUAAAGAUAAAUUUCUGUCCAUUGUAAAACCCUUUUUUAAAAAGAUAAGGAAUAUCAUAAUGAAUGUUUGGCUUAGAGUACUACAGAUAAAUUUUAUUAAAUCAGUUAUUUACAAUAUACAAUGUUUUGUCUUCGUGAUAGAGGAAGUUUUUAGAAAUCUUGGGUAUUGUACUUAAUUCUAAUUUUAAAACUUGUAUCUUUUUGAGAACUGCAUUAGUGGAAAAACUUUUAUAAUCAGUAAAAUAAGAAUGUUCCAGUGACUACUUGUCCUUAUACUUAGUCUUGUUAAAACUUUAUUUUGCAGGGCAUUUUAGUGUUUGGUUUACAGUCAGUGCAGAGUGGGCAAGAUAACAAAAAAUUUAUGCUAAGGAUACUGGAAAAAAGAAAAUGAGAAAAAAAAAACCCAGUUAUUUCUUUCUUUGGGGACAAAAAUGAAACACCCCAAUAACUUUUCCUCGUGUAUGGUGCUCCUCAUGACUUGUCUUAUACUUUGCCUUUCUGAUACUGCUGCUCUAACUCAUAGUUUUUACUUUGCCCAAUCUCCUGUGUAAGAAAUGUUUUAAGAUCAGCUGCCAUAGGAUUGAUGGUUAACCAGUGUUUGGCUUUAUUUGAAGUCUAUGCCCUGAACAGAUCUUGUAUGUAUUAUAUGCUAGGAAGUUUUUAGCAUGUGAUGUGUGAUUCUUGUUUGAAUGUUUAUUACAGGUACCUUGUGAAUUCCAGAACAGAGACUGUGCCUCACAAUGAUUGGUCCCAUGAAUUUCCACUCUUUCAUGGUGGUUUUGAAAAUAUAAUCAGGAAAAAAAAAUCCAUCACCUUUGGAAUUUAAAGAUGGACUCAUAUGCCAUGCAAAAAAAAGAAAAAAAAUAUCUCUCACCCCUAAGUAACAUCCCCAUUAAGUAAAAUGUUGGGG